AUGAACUAUUCACACUUUUCGCAAAAACGACAGAGCCAGAUCAGAAACGAACGUGAACGACAAAGAGUCCGAAACGUGAAUCAAGCAUUUGAAAUUCUCCGCGAAACGGUCCCGAAUCUCUCCAGAAAACGUCUUUCAAAAGUCGAAACUCUCAGAGCUGCAACUGCUUAUAUUCAGUUCCUUAUUUUUGAACUCGAAAAACACCCCGAAAAAUGA